AUGGCCACCACAAGGAACUCCAAAAAACGCAAUUCUGUCACUAAAGAUGUGAUAGUCACCUCUGACUCAGAAUCUGAACCUGAGUUUGUUGGCGACUUACUCGAAGGUAUUUUUUCUGAAAGCGAAGAUGAAAAUAGCGAGAAUGAUGAGACUGGAGGUGAAUCAGACUCAGAUGAAUCUAGCCACAGCAAUGACCUGGGCACUGAUCGGGACAAUAAAGACAACGAGUUAAAGAAAACUAUAAUCUCUCGAAAACAGCUUACUUCAGACACUAAUUAUGAAGAUAAUAAUGAAGAUCGUCCAAACUACUCAGUAAUAGAGGAUGCCAAUGGUGGAGAAAGAUACGUCUACGAUGAAAUAGAUCCUAUAUAUGAUUCAGAUGACUCGGACGCGCCAGUCACUACCAAUACGAUUGGUAACAUCCCGUUAACUUUCUACGAUUCUUACCCUCACAUCGGAUAUAAUAUCAAUGGCAAAAAGAUCAUGAGGCCAGCAACUGGAGAUGCAUUGGAUUCAUUAAUAGACAGUAUAGAGGUUCCCAAAGGCUGGACUGGUCUCACCGAUCCAGCCACAGGAAAGCCUCUCGAACUUAGCCAAGAUGAACUGGACAUAUUACGGAAAAUACAAUCCAAUGAAAUACCAGAUGAUGGCUAUGAUCCAUACCCGGCUACUAUAGAGUAUUUUACUGGUAUCGAAGAAAUUAUGCCUCUAAGUGCAGCACCGGAACCAAAGCGAAGAUUUAUCCCAUCUAAACAUGAAGCGAAGCGAGUAAUGAAGAUCGUAAGGGCUAUACGAGAAGGCAGGAUUCUUCCAUACAAGCCACCCGGAGAAUAUAAGGAAGAAGAUGAAAUUUACUACGAUAUUUGGCGAGAUGAAGAAGCUCAUCCAGAUCACAUAAUGAAUAUUCCAGCUCCAAAAAUGCCACCUCCCGGAUAUGAAUUGAGCUACAAUCCACCGCCAGAAUAUCUUCCUUCCAAAACUGAGAAACAAGCAUGGAAAACUACCGACCCUGAAGAUAGAGAAAAAGAAUUCCUACCAACACGCUACGAUUCUUUAAGAAAGGUGCCUGGCUAUGAAAAAUUUAUCAAAGAGAGAUUUGAACGCUCUCUGGAUCUAUAUCUAGCUCCUCGCGUCCGCAAAAACCGUCUGAAUAUUGACCCUGCAUCAUUACUUCCUAAGUUGCCAAGUCCUGAAGAAUUGAAGCCAUUUCCGACGACCUGUUCUACUAUCUUUCGCGGUCAUAAAGGACGAGUAAGAAGCUUAGAAAUUGACCCAUCUGGAAUAUGGUUGGCCACUGGUGGAGAUGAUGGAACCGUUCGGAUAUGGGAACUUCUAACGGGAAGACAAAUUUGGAACGUCAAGAUUAGCGAUGAUGAAGCUGUUAAUGUUGUAAGAUGGCGACCUGGUAUAGAUGCGGUGAUAAUUUCAGCAGCCGCUGGGGAAGAUGUGUUCCUUAUAGUUCCAUCAGUUUCUGAUCCUGAAACAGAGUCAGCCGGUCGAGUAAUUCUUGACGCUGGGUUUGGAUUCGCAAAAAAUAUACCUCCAUCCCUAACGGCCGAUGGAGCCCGAAAAGAGCCCGCUGCAAAAUGGGCACGACCCGGAUCAAAAUUAGAAAAAGAUGGUGUUAAUAUUAAAAUAACAGUGCGCACUACCGUUAAGGCUGUGAGUUGGCAUAGAAAAGGUGAUUAUUUUUCUACCGUAUCGCCCACUGCUCAGAAUAGUGCCGUUGCUAUUCAUACGCUGUCAAAGCAUCUAACCCAGAUACCCUUCCGUCGCCUCCCAGGUAUCCCUCAAACGGUUCAGUUUCAUCCAUUCCGACCACUUUUCUUUGUCGCAACACAGCGAUCCAUUCGUAGUUAUGAUCUCAAACAACAAGAGCUGGUAAAAGUUCUACAGCCUGGGGCGCGCUGGAUAUCUUCCUUUGAUAUCCAUCCAGGUGGAGAUAAUCUAAUUGUUGGGUCAUACGAUCGACGUCUUAUCUGGCAUGACUUGGACCUCUCUACCCGUCCGUAUAAGACAAUGCGCUUCCAUACCAAAGCAAUCAGAGCAGUCAAGUAUCACAAGGGUGGAUUCCCUCUCUUUGCUGACGCCAGUGAUGACGGGAGCUUACAGAUUUUUCAUGGCAAAGUUGUCAGCGAUUUGAUGGAGAAUGCUACUAUCGUCCCAGUUAAGGUCCUGCGAGGCCAUAAGGUUACUAGUGCUCUCGGUGUUAUGGACAUCGAUUGGCACCACAAGGAGCCCUGGUGCGUCAGCGCAGGAGCGGACGGGACUUGUCGACUAUGGAUGUGA